GGGACUGCUGUUUCUCCUCUGAGGAAUGUCCCCACGGUCGUCCAGCCGCCUGACCAUGCGUUACUUGGAUGCAUGAGAGGCCGGGCAUGAAGUGCAACCCUGUCCAAUGAUUAUGCAGGGGAGAGGUGAUAAUGACUUCCUAUCAAGAGUUAACGGCCGAAGGGGAGAGUAGCCCUCUGUUCACGGGCUGCUGCCGAGCAAAAGAGGUCAUAAACCGGGUCCUGGACGGCAGGACUCAUCCUGAACUCGGCAGUCGUGAUGAGGAAGGGAAACUGGAGGUGGAAGUCGCCUCAGGAUUUAAUUCUCCGCAUCCCCGGUACUUAACUCUCUCCAACAGUUUGGCUCUGUGUACCUCUUUGGACAGCCCUCCUCCACCGUGUGAGACUCUCGAGGGCUUCUCGACACCGGCCUGCCCCCACUCGUCCCGUGUCCCCUGGCGGUGCAGGGCGCAGGGGCAGGGCUCUCCAGGACGCGGAUUCUGCGCCUCAAAUAACAACGAAACGCUACGAUCCGGCGUUGGGUCACUUACAGAGCAAAUUCAUAUAUACUCUCGAAAUGGCCCCGAGAUUCACGCCGCCACGGGGAGUUCCGCUGGCUCGGACUGUAACGUAGCUUAUAUGGAUGUAAGCAGAAAAACUUUUGAGUGGAUGAGAGUGAAGAGGAGUCAGCACCGGCCGGCCAGGAUGCACAUGACCUGUGGGUUCAGUAUUGUUGGCUCGGGCCUCGGUGCUGUAGAGGCUGGGAGCAGCAGCAUCUGCACGGAUGGCCAUCCCACGGUGAACGGGACCCCAAGGACCAGCUUCAGCACCAAGCAGCUGACCGAGCUGGAGAAGGAGUUCCACUUCAACAAGUACCUGACGCGGGCCAGGCGGGUGGAGGUGGCCAGCGCCCUGCGGCUCAGCGAGACGCAGGUGAAAGUUUGGUUUCAGAACAGGCGCAUGAAGCAGAAGAAAUUACAGAGAGACGGGCUGCUCUGCGACCCGAUGCCCGCGGCGCUGCACUCACACGCCGACACUUUGGACACCUGCCCCUCUCCUUGACCGACAUCCAAAACACCUGCAUCGGAACUCCUGAACCGCAGGAGCUGCAUCACGUGUUUCACAUGCAAGGGCGCCUGCCUGCAGAUGUUUUGAUUCCCGUUUGCAUCGGUUUCAAUUAGGCUUCACCUUUAUUUGCUUACCACGAUGGAUGCUUAUCGCAAGAAGCGCAAUGGCAAGUUUCUUCAUGCAAGAACGGGUCAAAACAAUUUGUCAUCCUCUCCCGGCUUCAGACUGGCGCUCUGAUUUGAAUAUUAAAAUUCAAGUCAUUGCAUCGCGCUCCAUAUCUAUACACAGUGUAAACAAGGAAACAAAAUUAUAUUAAUUGUCCAUAGAAACUGUGGCAGACUAUUUGUUUAUUUAUUUUGUACAAUUUAUCCAGGAACUGACUUUACUUAAAUAGUCAUUCAAUAGGACACGUGCCUCCUAGUUUUGUUUAAAAUAGUUAUUUGUUAUUUAUUAAAAGUCUACAUUUGAAAUGGUUUAUUCUAGUGACAGAAAGAAAAUACAUUAUUAGUAUCAUACAUUUGACUAAUUAUUCCAACAGAUUACAAUACUGCUUUCUCGACCAAUUCAAGAUGCAGAUUGUGGGGAUUUCUUUUUAUAUUUCUUUAAAAAGCUGUUUAUCUCUGACACAUUUGAGGAAAGAUGCACCUGUUACAAACAUCUUUAACAUGUUAGCAGAUAAUUAUCAGGCUAAUUUAGCAGAAUUUUAAUGCUGCUUUAAUGUUGUGUAUUUUGUCCGGUUUUAAGGUGUUUAUCCACGGAUUAAAAUGUCAUAAUUGACUGAUAGAUUUAUUGACCGCUCGCAUUACGAGUAUUGAUCCGUGGUGAUCCAUCUAUUUGAGGCACAAAUCUAGGAGCAUUUGCGUGCGUCUGUAACUGCAUGUUAAUGGAAUGUGGAAACAUCACGAUCGGGAGUUGUUGCGUCUUUUAUUACCUCUAUAUACAUGCAUCAGAAAAUGACAAUUUAGCUUGAACACUCAUGCGGGAGAGCAGACAAUAAAACGCUGUCUUGGCUGUUUUGCAGAUCAACCAAUAAAUUGUUUGGUCCCAGCAGCUCGAGCUGCUAAAUAUUCUUUCCAGAUUCACAUCUCAUCUCAUAUCAAGUAAAUGAUUGUAAACUCGGCCUUUAAACACUGUUAUGUUCCCGGUAUCGCAAUGCGUUUCUGUCAUGUUAAUGUCUAUUCUAAUAUCAAGAUAUGAGGCCAUCGGCCACAUAUUCAUUCUAUGUAAGGGCACAUUUUAGUUUAGCUUUAAUUAGCCGUUAUUGCACUGGAUAUGAAGGUUAGUAGAUGCAAAGCGGAUGUUAAUGACAACAAAGGAGUUAAACUUAAAGCAUCUGGGUGUCGCUUAGAAAUAAACAGCGAGAAUCAAAAUUAA